AUGGGGCCCAAGAGACGAAUACUAUACAGCUCAUCUGAUGACGACGGAGAUGAGCAAGAGGAGACCACUCAUGCUCCAGUUCCAAAGGCGGAGCGAGAAGAGAUCUACUCUCCUCCUGCAAAAAAGAGGAAGUCGCCAUUAGAAGUCACUGAUCUUGAUGAUCGACAUCAACCAACAUCUUCAUGUCCAGCACAAGUGACGAAACGAGCUUCGAAACGACCAUUAACUAGAGCUGCUUCAACCAAAUCUUCGACUGCUUCGGAUACCACUACCUCCUCGACUACUAGUACAAGAAGCAAAGGAUCAAAAGCGUCGUCAACUCUAGUCGCAAACAAGAAAAGGAAGCCUACUAGUACCAAGCUCAAAGCAUCGACAAAACAAGACGACUCUGAUGUAGAGCAGAUUGAUAGUGAUAUAGAGGACUCGCCAAUGCCGAAAAGGAGUGGCAAGGGUAACGAUCAUCAUGACGACGAGGACGAUUUUGAGCCUCAAGUUCAGACUGCAGUACGUGCCAAACAGAAGACAAUCAAGAGUCCAGAACAGUCAUCACUAAAGCGAUGGGUUGUCCCUGGUGCUGCUGGACCGACAUACAUGGAUGAUUCAUCAUCAUCUUCUCAAGUCAAAAAGCCUAUAUCUACCGAGUUGAAUGAGCUGUGGAUUGACAAGUUUCAUCCUGUGUCAGAGGCGGAACUCGCAGUUCAUUCUAGAAAAGUGAGUGAAGUACGAGGGUGGCUACAAGCUGCAACGUCGAAUCGGCCUUCAAAGAGAGAGCGCAUUCUUUGUCUUACUGGGCCUUCAGGAGCUGGCAAGACAGCCGCUUUGCGUGUCUUGGCUUCGGAGAUGCGCAUUGAAAUCUUGGAAUGGUUGAAUCCCUUCAACAACAACUUGUUUGAAGGAACCGAGGAUGGAGAAUAUACUCACAGCUACGAAUCCAUAACACAACGCUUCACCCAAUUCCUCGAACGAGCAGAUAAAUACCCUUCACUAACAUUUGAAUCCUCAUCCCAAACAUCCAUACCUCAACAAGUCACUCAAUCACGUAAACUCAUACUCAUGGAAGAUUUACCUAAUGUGUCCAACGACAAGACGAGAGCUGUCGUUCAUAGUGCGGUACGGGCAUUUGCAAAUUCACGACGGUCUAAAUUUCCGUUGGUGUUUAUCGUAUCUGAAGUUGCAUGUACUGGUGGUGAUCCUGGCCGAUUUGACGAAAAGAGUGUUACCGUUAAGGAUGUAGUGCCGAGCGAUGUGUCUGCAUUGGGAUGUGUUGCUGAGAUUAGAUUCAACCCAAUUGCCCCAACAUUGAUCAAAAAGUGCUUGGCUCGGAUAUGUGAGAUGGUCUAUCGGACAGCUUCACAAAAGUUACAUCGGCCUACUUCAAGUGACAUUGAACACAUUUCUAAGACAUCAAAUGGAGAUAUCCGAUGUGCCAUCAAUGGAAUGCAAUUCAUGGGGUUAACGAGACAUGAAACUCGAGUUAUUGGUACUUCUGCUGGCAAAUCUGGCAAGGGGAAGAAAAAGGCAGAAUCGAUGGAUUUGCAAAACCCAUUCACAAGAGACGUAUCACUAUUGAUAUUUCGAGUAUUGGGCAAGAUUCUGUAUAAUAAGCGAGAGGGCGAUGGUAGAUCACAUGGAAUUGGUGAUAAAAGGAUAUCCAAACCACCGACCGUAUAUCAAUUGUACGAACCUGAUGUUGUCAUGAGACCUCAAGGAGUGGGGAUGACCAAGUUGCCCUCGUAUAUGGCACAUUAUGAGCGUAAACCUUUUGCUCGUGAGCCUGAGAGGAUUGCUGAAGAUGGUCAUAUGGAAGCUGAUUUCUUGAAUGCGUAUCUACAUCAAAACUAUCCGCCAUUUUAUAUUGACAUUGAAGAGAUUGAAGUUGCAGCUGACUAUUUAGCCUCGGCGGAUUUGUUAUUAGCUCCCAAGAUGUUCCGCAACCAAUUAUCAACAUACGCAACAUCCCUCGCUACACGCGGACUAGCAUUUGCUCACCUAACCAACUUGCCAGAAUCAAACCCUCUAUUCCCUGAUACUCGACCACGACCACCACACGUCUUUAGACCAUUUUACAGACCGCAAGUGUUUCAAGUCAAUUCAGAUAUACGAACACGAGAUGAAUAUAUACGGAAGAGUAUGUGGUGUUUGUUGAAUGAUAGUGUCAAUGAACAGGAGAAUGAAGGUGUUGGUAACGGAACAAGGGUUUGUUCCAUGACGUCGUUUGAUGUUGGGAGGGUGGAUUUGAUUCCGUACAUGGCUAAGAUAUUGAAGCCGCAAAAGAAUGUGUUUGGUGUUGUUGAGCAGAUGUUACCUCCGUACCUCGCACCACUAGUUUCAGAACUAACUCAAUUCCCAAACACACAUCCCUCACAACCACAACUACGAAUGAAUGCUGGUCAUCAUGAUUCAAUAGACGAGAAUGAUGUGGUUGAUAAAGAGCUACCUGAAGACGAGGAUGCUGGUAUCCCAUUAUCUGGACGUAUAUCGAAUGUAAAUGAGUCGGAGCAAGCGCUGAUGUCUCCUACUACGCCGAGCGUGGGACGACUUGUUGAAAUUGAUGAUAUUGAAGCGUUUGAUGAUGAUUGA